AUGGCAAAGAAGAACCAGAAAUCUGCAGAAGACUCGCUCAGGCCAAUAAAGCCUAUUUUGCUCUCCUACACAUUUUCAAAUCAAGAGACAUCCACGCAAAUAACAAAAUCCGGAUAUACAAAAGCAUGGCACAAUCAAGAAUUGUAUCAACAAUAUAAGGAUAUAUCACUUUCCAAUUUUGUAAAACUCCAAAGACUACAGUGGGCGGAACACGUAGCUAGAAUGCCAGAACAAAGGAUACCCAGAAGAAUAUUAGAAUCGAGAAUGGAAGGGCAGAGACCGGCUGGAAGACCCAGGAGAAGAUGGCGGGAGGAGGUGACGGAGGACUCAAGGAAUAUGCUGGGAUUUCGGAAUUGGGGGGAGAGAGCUAAGGAUAGAGACAGAUGGAGAGAAAAAAUGAAGGAGGCCAGGGCCCGAAUGCGGGCUGUAGCGCCAUAG